UGUUGGUUCAUUAUCGAUGACUGUGGGAUCAAUAACUAAAGUACCAAGGAUGUUUGGAUGCAUAUGUUUAUGCUGUGAAAUUGGAUGAAUUUCAAAUGUUGACAACGCAAUGGCCGGGCCAGAUCCAUCUCCGACGCACCCUCAUGUUCUUGUCAACAAUGUUUUUCAGACAAAUGCUACCGAGCCAACGUUGCAGAGGCUUGAAGGGCUUGCUCAUGACCAGUGCUCGCCUUCAGUUUAUGCAACCCCCACACACUCCCGAGAGCCGUCGCAAACCAGAGGUCGACUGCCCGGCGUAGCGAAUUCGGGCAUUUCAAGUGUACAGUCUCAUCAUGCGUCUCCUUCUCGCGGGAUCUCUGCUACUUCGCCCACCUCUCAGUCUGGCGGAAUACUUGAAGAUGCAAUUGAACGACGCCCUUCGCAACCGUACAGUCACCAUCGCCAAGCUUCGAUAGUUCAUGGCGUCCAUCAUUCUCGGAAUCCAAGCCAUGCCAAGGCUUCGUCGGCCGGCUCUUCAGGCCUAUCAACUUUGGCUACUCCAAUGGGCAAUGGAAGCGUCUCAUCUGCCGCUCUCCAGGAUCUCUCCUCCAAUAUACUUCAGAGUGAUGAUUAUUCCUUCGGCCGAGUCCCUCCCAGUGCGAACGUGGGCUCCUCCAGCCGCAGUAAUGCGAUUACUGCUUCCAAUAUUGCCGACAUUGUUGUGGCUGAACCAGGCCAGAAGAGACUUGAACGGAUGCAGAGUGGGAGGUCAAGGCGCGAGGAUGGUCGCAAUCAGUCUCAUUCACGGCAUCAUCACCCUCAGGAGCUCAAAACUGUUGGGGAAUACGCUUUGCAUCAUCUUUUCAACUCUUUUGUUGGGCAAGCAGACCAAAAGAUCAAUAUGUGUAUCGGCCAUUCGUCUACCUAUGAACCACAUGUGGAGCAAAUAUGCGGCCCUGGAAUUGACACUGGUUUCGAUCAACUAAUUGCCGCAUUGGGCCACAUUGCUCGCCAAAAGCCAAAGCCUCUCAUUGACACUUUGAUGUUCUGGAGGAAAGCGAAAAGCGAAGCUGCAAAUGCUGCGAGAAUUGAGUUUAGUCAAGUGGCGUCCGCCUCCCGUCAUGAGGCAGUUAUUCAAGCUGAGCGUCGCUCAACAAUAUCUAUCUAUCUGCUGUGCCGCGUCUUAAUAGAGAUCAUUGGUCAAAGUAGUCUAGCCAGUGUGACCCCUGAAAUGGCGGACAGGCUGGAAGACAUUAUAUUCAGUCAGCUCAAGGCUGCAGACCCUGACCAGUUGAUUGCUUCCCCGCUGAAGCUUGCGAAUUGGUCGAUUUUUGCUCAGCUUCUUGGCGUGAUGAGCAGUAUCAAUUUCGAAAGUGUCUCGGAUCGAUUCUUUUCCGAUCUCGAAAAAUCCCAGAGAGAAUGUGGAAGCAAGGGAUUUGCUAAUAAGGAUGUCGAAGCGCGAAUGGAGUUGGUCAUCAUGGGAAUGAAGCACCUUCAUGUCAACACCUAUCCUGAAGAAGCCUGGGAUCGGUCCUGUGACUUUAUGCAAAGCCUUGGUCGACUUUUUAUAGGCUCCCACGGACAACGGAUAAAGCAUGCUUACUGCCAGGUCUUUGAGGCGAUAUUGUUACCUGUUGCAGCUAAAGCCAGUGCUGAACUCAGUGUCCCAAAAUGGCGAGAAUUCGUGGAAAUGAUUACCCCGCGGGUAUCGCAAAUGGCUACAAAGCCAAGACAUUGGGCGGAUGUAUUUCCGCUACAGACCAUCCUGCUUUGUGUCUCCCCCGUUGAAGUAUUUGCUGGCCAUUGGCUGCAGCUUAUCAGUCCACUGCAGCCAAAGCUGAAGGAUAGAGGCACUAGGGGGUUGGCUCUUCAAGCCAUUUGCCGGCUUACGUGGACCUACCUCUACCGCUGCUCGGAUACUUCAAAUGUCACCAUGCGAAAAUUGGACGAAGUUCUUCGAGUGGUGUUUCCGGCUGGCAAAAAGUCCUACUUGUCCACCGAACCCAUCAUUGCUGAGCCCCUCAUUCAACUGAUUCGUUUCAUCGGAUUCAAACACCAGGACCUGUGCUUCCGGACCAUCAUCUUUCCUCUUAUAAAUUCGGAGCAUUUCUCGUCUGGGAAAGAAUUGCGAGUAGACCAGCUUGAGCCGGAAAAGAUGGUCAUCGGCAUAAAAUCUUUCCUGGCUAUUAUGUCGGACCUCGAAAAGGGCCAACAAGGAAGACCGCCUUUCCCUCAAUUCGUUGAGUUUUCAAAUAUUGAAGUCACGGGGCCCUCUUCGUCUCGAGCUGCUUCGACUCGCGUUCUCGGAUCGGCGCCGUCGGUCUCAUCGAUUAAAGAGGACCGUCUUUCGCGACCUGUCAUCACUUUGGGUUUUGAUGACGUGUCGAAGGAGUAUUACUCUAGAUUCUGCGAGAUACUUGGAAAGAUCACACUGAUAUGUGACAAUGCAUUCGGCGGUCAAGCUGUGCUUGAUGAAAAGUUUAGCGCUCAACCUCCGAAAACUCCCAUUGCAGAGACUUUUGGCUUUGGGCGUAGAGAUGAACACACCACUGCUGCGGAGCAAAAGCAGGGUUUCUACGAUCUUUUGCACGUUGCCGUGCAAGCUCUGCCACGUUGUCUUUCAGCUCAUAUCCCAUUUAAUUCACUGAUCAAUCUUCUGUGCACAGGAACGGCUCAUGUGCAAAGUAACAUUGCCGUUUCUUCUACCCAGUCACUGAAAUCAAUCGCUCGUCAAUCGCAUGCGCAGCAGGUGACUAUUGGGUUUGCACGGUUCAUUUUCAACUUUGAUGAUCGCUACUCGACUAUGUCGGAUGGAGGUAUGCUAGGCCCUGGGCAUAUUGAAAACACACUUAGAUUGUACGUCGAGCUGCUUCAGGUAUGGAUCGAAGAAGUCAAACAGAAGUCUAUUGUGGUUUCACUUGACUCCGGCGAAGAUGCAUCUGCCGGUAGCCGGGGGGUUCAACUUGACCUCUCCGGCGUGUGGGCUCAUGUUGAUGAAGUUGAAUCGCAUGGUCUCUUUUUUCUAUGUUCCCAGUCUCGCAGAGUUCGGUCUUUUGCGGUUACGGUCUUGCGUUUGGUAACGGAAUUUGAUCUCGCCCUCGGAAAGCCAAAUAAUCAAAGGAUUAUUAGCGUCAUGGAGGGCGAUGUGCAGGGAGUACUGGAUUGCAACGACGAGCGCCUCUCAAUUGCCGAAAGAAGCAGACUUCAACGGACACGGCAAAAAGGUGGUCCGCCGGACACUCCUGUCGCUUUUUGCAGUAGUGAGAUUUCAUAUGAUACGACCUUGUGGUUCAAAAUGUUUCCGAGCCUGAUCCGCGCCUGCUUUGAAACUUGUCCUUUUGCUGUUACACUCAGUCGGGAGAUUAUAUGCGCAAGGCUACUUCAAAUGCAGAAACACAUCAUGACGAUUGCAGAACUCCCUUCACGAGGUCCGCAAGCGGGCGGAAUCGAGUUUGGCCCGCCCAACAAGUCGAGUCGUCUCACUGCAACCCCGCCUGAAGUAAUAAUCGAACAGUGGAAGUUGUAUCUCAUAAUGGCUUGCACAACUCUAACAAAGGCUGAGGGCCAAGAACAAGUUUCCGUGCAGACUCCUCUGCAGCAUGCUCGCAAAUCAUCAAAAAGCAUUCAGCAAAGCGUGGAGAAGAUUACCUCUGCGAGGUCCCUAUUCCGAUAUGUGACCCCAUUGCUGGGCGUCAAUUCAGGCUCAAUACGAGAAGCUGUUGUCGCGGCUCUUGGCUCAAUUAACAUUAAUCUUUAUAAAACACUCUUGGAGUCCCUACGAUCUGCAGUCUCACGAUGUAAUGAGGAGGCAAAGCUCCGUAUCGGGACUCAUCAGCGUACCGGAAGCUUUUCCAGGCGGAAUCGAACAACCGACCUACUUCGCACUGAGGUAACCCAUGUUUAUAAGCUUACAUCGCACUUUCUGCGUCACGAGGAAAUUUGGAAAGACGACUGGAUUCUUAACAACCUUGUGACCUACACAAAGGAUCUUAGGAUAUUUUUAAGUGAUUCGGAAGUGCAGAAUGACUGGGAGUUUCAGACAUUGAGAAGGCAUUACUGCGGCCUAAUGGAGGAGCUUUUUGAGGGGAUUAAUCGACUGCAAGAUCCGUCUAGAUGGAUGCCUUUCGAAUCAAGGAAAUCCGCAUUUGCGCUCAUGGAGGAGUGGUGUGGCUAUUCGCCGAACGUUCAUCAAAUCCGACAACGGGAAACUAGCAUAAGACAGCCGGUCUUCACUCACCAGAAAGACGUCGGAGAAAAGGGCCCCGGGACAGCCGCGAUGGAGAUUGAGAAAAAAAAUCUCAAAAUAGCGGCUCUGAGUGCCAUGGCUUCUCUUUGUGGUGGGCCACUAAGUAUAACCACCGAGAGUGGUGCUAAUCUGCAGUUCGAUGUCCGUCGCAUGCUCAUGUGGAUCGAUGCCAUAUUCAGCACCGUGAGCGAUAACAUGCAUAAAAUUGGCCGCCGCGCUCUCACAAAUUCGAUUGUGUACAAUAAAGAGCACCCGUAUCUCCUCGAACGCUCCAUAAGGAUGUGCUAUCUAGCAGAGACUCCAAAGGCUCUAGCAAGCUACUUUGAAGUGGUGGCUCAGGUUCUGACUGAACAUGGCGACUAUCCAAUCCCAUUUUGGAAGAUAUUAGGUGCUUGUCUCUACACUCUAGGGAACGAGAGAUCCGAAAUCCGAAUGAAAUCUGCGCGACUUCUUCGAGUGUUGGAGGAACGCGAAGAAAAAAGUUCGAAAAUACAGGAUCUGGAUAUCAGCAUAUCUGACAAGACUACUGCGGUCUACAAGUUGGCUCAAUUCGAAAUCUCUAAAAGGCUCUCAAAACAACACUUUGAGCUUGCUUUUCUCGUAUUUUCUGAGUUCACCCUCCACUUUAAGAGCCUCCACCCCGACCACCAGAGGAACAUGGUUGCGGCUAUAUUACCUUGGAUCCAGACAAUCGAACUGCAGCUAGAUCCGAAUGGUGGUCCAACCGCCAACUCUUACAUGUUCCUGGCUAAUCUUUUUGAAAUAACUAUACGAUCCGGCAGCGCCUUACACAAUGAAGUUCAGGCGCUUUGGCAAGCCCUGGCUACGGGGCCUUACGCGGGGAAUGUACAAGUUGCUCUAGAUUUCAUCAUAUCUCUCUGCUUGGAUCGAAGAGAGCAAAGCUUCGUCGACUAUGCGAAGCAAAUCGUGGUUUUCCUCUCUAGUACCCCAGCUGGACUAAAGGUAGUGGAGUUUCUCUUGAUGCAGAUUACACCGAAAGCCAUGGUUAUAGAAAAGCGUGAACCUCCUCCUCCUCCCGAGGCACAAAGUCUGCCCUAUCUGGCUGAUCUGUCUCUCGCAUUGCCAAUUGGAAACAAACAGUCUGGAUUCUCUCUAGGGCAAUUGGCGCUGAUUCUUUUGGUGGAUUUGAUGGUGUCUCCGGUACAAUUAGCCCCAGACGAUGUUCCUUUGCUUAUCCAGGUUGUUUUGGUCCUUUGGGAUCAUUAUACUCCACUAGUGGAGGAGCAAGCCCGGGAAAUGAUGAUCCAUCUCAUCCACGAACUUGUAAUUUCGAAGAUUGAAAGCGGCAGCACCAAUCCAGAUAAAGUCUAUAUUGAAGAGUUUGUCGAAUCUGUGCGGCGCCAUGAAGAGAAGGUUGAUUGGCAUUAUGAAGAUAGCAACAGCAAGGGCGACGGCCGGGAUGAGAGUCUCCGAGUUCCAAAAGCAAUGAAUUACGUCACGAAUACACUGGUCGAAAUAUUCAGUAUUGCCUACCCCGGAUUUCGAGAACAUUGGGCCAAAACCAGUCUAGGUUGGGCCACUUCAUGCCCUGUCCGACACCUUGCUUGUCGGUCGUUCCAAAUCUUCAGAUGCAUACUCACCCGGGCGGAUCAAACCAUGCUCGCUGAUAUGCUGGCACGUUUGUCCAACACCAUAUCUGAUGACGAGACAGACAUACAAACCUUCUCUAUGGAGAUUUUGACAACUCUCAAAAUAAUUAUCGGCUCGUUAACACCCGCAGAAUUCUUGCAAUAUUCUCAAUUAUUUUGGACUACCUGUGCUUGCCUCAACACCAUACAUGAGUGCGAAUUCAUGGAGAGUCUUUCAAUGUUAGAACAGCUUUUGGAAAAAGUCGACUUGAGCAAUGCAAAAGACGAACAGCUACUUGUUGACGCUUAUCCCCAAACCUGGGAAGGCGGCUUCGACGGUAUACAGCCACUCAUCUAUAAAGGUCUUAAAUCUUCCCUUACCUUGGAGCGCACUCUUCUCGUCUUGCAAAAGCUUGCCCCAGUUCCGAACAGUAGGUUGUUGGGAGAUGAGAGCCGUCUGCUCUUCACUGUCUUAGCCAACCUGCCUCGCUUUCUGGAGUCCUUUGAGAACCCUUCUCAAGACUCACCAUGCACAGCUUGUGCUGAAACCUUGGCCAUGGUUGCAAUCGGCCAGGGCUGCGGCCACCUCGCGAGAACGUUGUCUGGUUUUGCCAACUCACGGUAUCGUUCAAGCAAAGAUUUUCUUUCACAGGCUGUAUCAGCUAUUAGGUCCAUUUAUUUUCCAACGUACGAUUUCAAGAUUCUCGUUUUCCUAAUGGGCCUCCUCACAAAUGACCUUCCAUGGUUUAAGAUUAGGACCAUGCAGUUACUGUGUGUCAUUAUACCUGAUAUUGACAUGCGAAAAUCAGAAAUUGCAAGCCAUGGUCCUGACUUAAUAUCACCAUUACUAAGGCUCCUACAGACAGACUUCUGCCAACAAGCCUUGGAAGUCUUGGACCAUAUAAUGACAAUGUCUGGUACACCUAUGGACAGGCAUCAUUUGCGGAUGAGCAUGGCAGGAUCCCAUUCAAGAGCAAUAAAAAAGGAAUACGAGCGAACACAAAGCCUAUUUGGCAUUCCUGAGGAAAGUGGCUGGUCAAUCCCAAUGCCUGCAAUUCAUUCCCUCACGACAAGGAGAAACGUACAUGCAGUAUUCUAUACGUGCGGUAAUGCCGAGUCCAUGGAGACUGAUAUUCCAGUCACUCCAGACGUGGAGUUUCAUACGGAUGACUUUCAGUAUGGCCUGUACUAUCCUGAGCGCACCGCAACUAUGGCGUCUGAGGAUGGUCGUGGCGAGGGCAAUAUGGGCGAGCUAGUCAUGAAACUCGACAGUCUUGAUGACUUCUUUGAGAACAACCUUGCAGGCGGUGAUGCUGCUAGUGGAGAUUUAGAUCAGGGUAUUCCUGGGUUUUCUCCAGACCUUGGUGAUUUCAGGGCCAACAUUUACGAUCAGCAAACACUUCCGAUCCUUCAUAAAUCACUUGCACGAACCGCUAGUGUCACAUCAUUUCAAACUGGCUUUGCCGACGCAAGGAUACCACUAGGAAGGGAUCCAGGAGUUAUGACACCUGCCGCUUUCAAUCCCAAGUCGCAUAUUGGCAACACGCGUCCACCAAUGCAUUCGCGGUCGGUAACUUCUCCAGCCGCUAAUGGUUUUCAAGCAUCAGGCGGCGUGUCAGAAUACCAUUCCGGGGGAGAUACCGACGAAGUUUUUUCUGAUGACGAUCUGUCUGUGAUUAGCGCGCAUCAACAAGAAGCCUCUUCUUUUCUAGAUGGUAUGAUUCGUCCUCUGGCUCAAGGGACUCGAUCCCGGAUGCGAAGAUUUACAUCCGGAAGUGGAAAGGACAAGGAGAAGCAGAGGGAUGCACUUCGGAGUGAGCGUAAAUCUCAGUUUGCAGCUUCGCCAGAGGUACCAAGAGUUCCUAGCGCAUAUUUGCAAGGCCCGAACUCUGGAUAUUUUACGCAGGACCCGGCGCAAGAGUCGUGAAUUGUAUUACUGUUUGUUGGAAAACUUUUCUUUUUCGUUUUUUUCUUGUUGGAAUUUGGCGUGAUACCAUAGAAUUUUGGCAUUUGAACAGAUGUUACGACUUACAGGCGUCAAUUCCUCCAACUCAUCAAAUCGGAAGGGUGUCGCCGUCUGCUAUAUUAAGGGGUGAAUAGCACCUUCAAACUGCGUGAUAGAGUUAAUGAUGCCUCAACGAUCUCUUACUCGGGCUGGUUGCC